AUGGAAACUCCCCAGGCCACUGAGCCAAUAGCCAUCUUCAAGAAACGCUCUGCUAAAGGCAAAUCCAGCUUUCGAAAACGCGCCGCCACCCCACCUCCAGCCUCAGACAGCGAUUCCGCCGAUUACUCCUCCUCUGAAGAUGAAUCCGGACACAAGAUCAAACGAAGAAAGAAGAACAUAGGCGCUGUAACCGCGUCAUCAAAGAACAACGCCGCCUCUACGUCCGACCUCACCUCCACAAUAUAUUCUGCUGACCGCAGUACAACGAUCAAGAGCUCCAACGACGCCACCAAGCAAAGUAAUUGGUACGAUGAGAAUGCUACCGACGCCCUGUCAAGCAAGUCUCUCCUUGGCACAACGAGAGCCAAGCCAGAAGCUGCAGAAGGGACAUACAAAGGCCUCGCGAACGCCACCUCCUUCAUUCAAAAGAAUCCGAACGCUCCAACCAAGGUUGUCGGUCCCGUGAAGGCUCCCACCAACAUCCGCACCAUCACGGUAACGGAUUUUGCGCCCGACGUCUGCAAAGACUACAAACAGACCGGUUUCUGCGGCUUUGGCGACAGUUGCAAGUUCUUACAUGCGAGAGAGGAUUACAAACAAGGAUGGCAGCUGGAUAAAGAAUGGGAGAAUGUAACGAAGGGCAAGAAAGUCACGGGUGGUACGAAGAUCGCGAGUGCGAAUCGUAAUGCGGAGGAAGAGGAUUCGGGGGAUGAUGAUGCUAUUUUGGAAGGAAUUCCUUUUGCGUGCAUUAUUUGCAAGGAGAAAUAUAAGGAUCCGAUUGUGACGAAAUGUGGGCACUACUUUUGCGAGAGUUGUGCGCUGAAGAGGUAUAGGAAAGAUCCAAGUUGUGCCGCUUGUGGAGCAGGUACUGGCGGGGUGUUCAAUGUAGCAAAGGGGUUAAUGAAAUUGCUGGACAAAAAGAGAGAUCGGGCAGCAAAGAGGAGACAGAAGGCAAUUGAAGCUGGGGAGGAAGUUAGUGGUGACGAAGAAGAAGAAGCAGAAUAG